AUGUUUCCGGGUAAGGCUCCCGCUGUGGAGAAGCGGCUCCCGACGCCGGAGGAAGGGGGGCCACGUGGCACGUUCGCGGACAUGAUCGCGGCUCGGAAAGCGGAGAAGGCAAGCGGCGGCGGAAGCGCGAUCUCGGAAAUGAUUGCCGCGCGGCAGCAGAGCGCGAAAGCGGCGGAGAUCCCGGGGGAGGAUCCCGAGGUCGCAGCGGCAAAGGCGGCGGCGGAAGCGAACCGGCUGGCAAUUUUUAACUCUAUCCGGUUUUCGGGCCAGCCGAGUCCGGGCCAGUUAAAGCCCGAGGAGCGCAACGGGAUCGACCGUAGCAGCAAUCUCGGUGGCGGCGGCGAGUCGCGCAUGCCCGGGCCUGAGAAACGAACCAGCUUAUCGUCAGUAGCGUCGAACGCGGAGGCGGAAGCCGCCGCCGCCGCCGCCGCCGCUGCCGCAGCGGCUGUCGCCGCGGCUGCGGCGGCGGGCACGCCGGGCGGACCCGGGGGAGGGUUUUCCAGGGACGGGCCGUCUCCGCCCGUGUCCAUCCGCCGUCCACCGUCGCGCGGAGCGAUGAGCUUCGCGAGCAGCUCGGACGGGGAGGCGAGCGCGCAGGUGAUGCCGUGGGGGGGAAGCCCCGCGCCCCGCCUGGGGGGAGGCGCGGGGGCGGAGCGCGGGGGCGGGGGGUUUCCGGUCGCCGCGGAGAGCCCGGGGGGGAGGAGCGUGGCGAGUGAGAUGCUGACGUUGGAUAAUGAUGACGUGGCGGGCGGGGGUCCGGUGGUGGCGGCGCUACAGGCGGCGCACGCGCGGAGGAAGCAGAGCGACCGGAGCUACUUCCAAAAGGCCGAGGAGAUGUACUCGUUACAGGUGGCAGUGGCGCUGCGGCUGAUAGAGGACGCGGAGAUGGCGGAGGAAACGGAGAUGGCGCCGCCUCAGGCGAACCCCAACGACAUGCUCUGGGCCAGUCCGCUCAUGCCACGUAGCCAGGCUGAAGCGACCGCAUACCGCUUCUGGGUGAACGGGUGCCUGAGCUACGAGGAUCGUAUAGAGGAUGGGUUCUACGACAUCUGGGGCAUGCAGCCGUACGUCUACUCGCUCUGCGUGGACUCCUCCCACCGCGGCCGCAUGCCUCCCCUCGACUCCCUGCGCGCGCUGCACCCGAGCGAGGCGUCGUUUGACGUGGCGCUCAUCAACCGCACGAUCGAUGCUGAGCUGAAGGACUUGGAGGAUGAGGCGGUCAAUCUGGCGUACGCUGCCACUGAGGUGCAGACUCUCGCUCAGAAGCUCGGAGUCUUGGUGGCGCAUCACAUGGGUGGAGCGGUCAACUCAGAGCCGAACGAGUUGAUCCCGCGGUUCAGGCAGCGCGGGUGGGAGAUCAAGAGCUACCUCAAGACCAUCGUGCUGCCGAUAGGGCAGCUGCCCGUGGGGAUAUGUCGCCACCGCGCCCUGCUCUUCAAGGUGUUGGCAGACGCGCUGGGCAUGCCGUGUCGUAUCCAGAAGGGGUGCAAGUUCUGUGGCAUGGACGAUGGUGCCUCGUGCCUUGUGCUUGCUAGUGACGAGAGGGAGUACGUGGUGGAUCUGUUGCAGCGUCCAGGCACCCUUCUCACAAUCGAGCCCUCAGCCGAGUCUGCCACCAGCACCGCCACCAACGCCACCUACAUUGCCUCGCCCCUGCGCUGCCCCGAGAUCAAAUCUCUCGCGCUCACAGACCCUGCGGACGGCACGGUGCCGCAAUGGGUGCCCGACUUCAGAAGGCAGCAGCAGGAGCAGGACACGGAGGCGAUGGUGGGAUCACGGCGCAUCUACGCGGGAGGGCCCAAGGACCCCAGGCACGUGGCUGCCUCGCCCAAGGGGGAGAGACGGCGGAAGGAGCUCAAAGAGGUGGAGGAGGAGGAGGAUAGCGAGGAGGAGGAGGAGAAGAAGCCGCAGAAGAAGGGCGGGAAGAAGGGCGGCGGGGAGGAGGACGAGGGGAAGAAGAAGCCGAAAGCCAAGGCUGAGGCGCCGAAGCAAGAGGCAGCACCGGCGGCAGAUGAUGAGGCAACAGAUGCUGGAGUUGAGUUUAUGGACGUGCUGAUGGAUGGGCGCAUCAUGGACAUUGGGGAGGCGGAGAUUGACUGGAACGACAUCGAGAUGGGGGAGAGGGUGGGCGCAGGUUCUUUUGGUACGGUGUAUCGCGCCGAGUGGGCUGGCUGUGACGUGGCAGUGAAGGUGCUGAUCAAUCAGGACAUGCAGGAGGAGCAGCUCCUGGAGUUCAAGCGAGAGGUGGUGAUCAUGCGUCGUCUGCGCCAUCCCAACAUAGUGCUCUUCAUGGGAGCAGUCACCAAGCCGCCCCACCUCUCAAUCCUCACAGAGUUUCUCAGCAGGGGAAGUCUGUUCCGCUUGCUGCAUCGGCCGGGGGCAAAGGAGACCUUAAAGGAGGACCGGCGCAUUCGCAUGGCCAUGGAUAUUGCGCGAGGCAUCAACUACCUGCACCACUGCACGCCCAUGAUCGUGCAUCGUGAUCUCAAGACGCCCAACCUGCUUGUGGACAAGAAUUUCACAGUCAAGGUCUGCGAUUUUGGUCUAUCUCGCAACAAGAACAGCACCUUCCUCUCCUCCAAAUCAGGCGCCGGAACGCCCGAGUGGAUGGCGCCUGAGGUCCUGCGCAACGAGCCAAGUAACGAGAAGUCGGAUGUGUACAGCUUUGGAGUGAUCCUGUGGGAGCUGGUGACGCUGCUGCAGCCAUGGGACGGCAUGAACCCCAUGCAGGUGGUGGGAGCAGUGGGAUUCCAGAACCAGCGACUCACAGUCCCGCCUGACCUCGACCCGGCUCUCUCCUCACUCAUCCUCGACUGCUGGCACAAUGACCCCAAGGACCGUCCAAAGUUCGACGAUAUCAUGAUUCGGCUGAAGCCAAUUGCUCAAAAGGCAGCAGCGGGAAAGAGUGUGUGUGGCGCCGGUGGUGCCCCUGCUGCUCGUGCGAGUAGCUUUGUAGUAGGCUGUUUGCGCGAGCCGCUUUUCCUUGGGGGCAGAUCCGAGUUAAUCUCCGUGCAGAGGUGUCGUUUCCAGUUUCCAAGGCAAGCGCAGCACGGCACCAGCUGGCUCCGUCGUUGCGGAUCUUGCUUCAGCUGCAUCUCCACCCUUGAUCUUCCCUUCCUGACCCAUCUUCCUCCGGCGAAAUAA